ACUAUUGUGAUGUGUGUGUAUCGAGUGGGUGACUUCAUACAAAAAAAAUGUUUUUCUCAGCUUUAAUCGAGUAAAAUCCUGAAUGGAAACCUGUAAUUAAAAGCUGUGUGUCCAUUCCAAUUUAUGUAAGGCAUUUUAGUCCUACUCAUCAAGAUGCAUCGACGUCGGGGCCCAAAUUUUACCUACGUUAGUGGUUGCGUGAAAUAUAUGAUUUUCGCCCUGAAUUUCAUAUUUUGGUUGUUCGGAGGACUUCUGAUUGGAGUUGGAUUGUAUGCGUUUAUUGACAAAUGGCAAGCUACCGGGCUCAUAAAGCUGGAUACAGUGUACGAUGUGAUGCUGAAUAUCAGCCUUCUCAUCGCGUUGCUGGGCGGAGUGGUUUUCGUGGUCAGCUUUGCCGGCUGCGUGGGAGCGCUCCGGGAGAACACGUGCCUGCUUAAAUUCUAUUCCCUCUGCCUCCUGAUCCUAUUUCUCGUUGAAAUGGGCGGCGCGGUCUGCGGCUUCGUGUUCCCGCGUUCGCUGCACGGUCUACUCGAGCUGAGCUUCACGGAGCGGGUCGUGCACGCUUAUAGAGAUGAUCCGGACUUGCAGAACUUUAUAGACUUCGCCCAGAGCGAUUUCCACUGCUGCGGUUUAACCUCAGACGGGUACAUGGACUGGUCAAAGAACGAAUACUUCAACUGCUCGUCGCCGUCUGUGGAGCGCUGCGGCGUGCCCUUCUCCUGCUGCAUCAACGCUACUGACAUAUCCUCGGGGCUGGUCAAUAUCAUGUGCGGGUAUGGCGUGCAGAACUACCCUGUGGCCGAAGCAAGCAAGCGCAUAUGGACGAGCGGCUGCAUCGAGAUAGUCCGAUCGUGGUCGGAACGCAACCUUUACACCAUCGCGUCGGUGGCACUCGGCGUGGCGCUCUCGCAGUUAUUCGUCAUCUACCUCGCCAAGACACUCGAGGGGCAGAUAGAGCUACAGAAAGCCAGGUGAGCGAGCGAGACAGAGGGCUAGUGAGUUUACAUCACAGAUCACAGAAACUAAAGGGAGAUGUGACCGUUUGUUAGUCGUAUACCUCGAAAUCAAAAAAUCCUUGUAGCUUUUCACCUAUUCGCAUUUCGCCGCGAUAUCAAAAUUUCUGAAUAGAUUUUUAUUUUUGUAGUAUAAUUUUUGAUCGCUAAUUACAAUUGUCUAAAAAAUUCAUAGUAGAUUUACUUUCCUGCCUGUCUUCACUGUAGUCGCUUUUCACCUUGAUAGAUAUUUGUUUGUAAUGCGUUAUUACAUAUCGCGAUAUUUCCUUUAAGCACUAUACCUCUAUAGUUUUGUUUUGUAAAUGCAUAAAAUACUUGCUGCUAACUAAAUAGGCUAUUAACAAUUCAUGCUACAUCAAAAUUUGCUACUGUUGUAAAAAUCUGUUAAAAAUAUAUGCUAGUAACAAAAAUAUACUACCGAUAUUACACGCUACAACAAAAAACGCUAUCACGGUGAAAUGCGAAUAGGUGAAAAGCUACAAAGAUUUUUUGAUUUCGAGGUAUACGACUAACAAACGGAUGUGACAAGGGGGCGGGGCCGGUGUCGCAGCAAUAUGCCCAAAAACAGAACACAUUGCUCGUGAAAGCAAUGAUGACAGCAGCGACGUCAUAAUGUAAA